AUGAAAUGGUUUCAAGAAAGGGCUAUUUUGUCACCAACAAAUGAGCAAGUCGACAAAUUAAAUGAUUUGAUUCUAUCUAGGUUUGACGCUCAAUCACAAAUAUACUAUUCAGUUGAUACAGUUUUAGAAAAAGAGGAUGCAGUCCAUUUCCCAACUGAAUUUCUCAACUAUUUAACGCCUUCUGGAGUCCCACCGCAUACACUGAUUUUAAAAAUAGGGGCACCUAUUAUUUUAAUGAGAAAUUUGAGCCCACCCACACUUUGCAACGGCUGUGGUAAUGGAAAAACUGUUUUAAUACCAAGAAUACCAAUUAUACCCUCAGAUAUACCUUUUAAGUUUGGACGGAUUCUAUUUCCCGUUAAAUUAGCAUUUGCAAUGAUUAUAAAUAAAGCACAGAGACAAACACUUGACGUUGCUGGAAUUGACCUAAGCAUUCAAUGUUUUUCUCACGGUCAACUAUACGUCGCCCUGUCACGUGUGACAUCCAAAUUUAAUUUGUAUGUUUUUGCCCCCGAUCCAGUAAAAGUUGAUAACGUUGUUUACAAAGAAAUUUUCUAA